CUUUCGUCGAAAGGCCGUCUCCGGAUAAUUUCCGGGUCACCUCGCCAUCAAGGGCAAACAUGUGGUGGGUUUGGAUGGGGCGACGCGUUCGCGUGCUCCUUGUAGAAUGCAUGCCGAUCUUGGAAUGGCUACCUGGCUACCAAUGGCAACGCCAUCUCGCACACGAUGUGGUGGCGGCGAUUGUGGUUGUGGCCGUGAUGUUGCCGCAAGAGCUGGCAUUUGGAGCCAGCAUGCACGUCCCAGUGUCCACGACGUUGCGGACAGCUAUCGUGGCCCCGCUGAUUUAUUGCGUCUGUGGGACAUCGAGCAUGGUGUCGUUUGCAAACGCCGCCGAACUCACGUGGGCGGUGGGAGGCGCGCUGCAAACCAUUCCCGACGACCAAGAAUUUGAACGAUUGGCCAAGGGAACAUUGAUCACGUGCACGUCCGGCGUCGUGCUGCUUCUGCUGGGUUGGUUUCGCGUGGGGACUCACCUGCCAUUGUCGAGGCCGGCGAUGGGGGGGUUCCUUUGGGGCGCCAGUCUCCUCGUUCUGGCUGAGCACAUUCCUCACCUGGUUGGCGUCGUGGAUGUGUUGACAGCUCCGUCCGUGCACAUUGAAGCGUGCGCCCUUGGUGCGUUCUCACUUGUGCUGCUUGUGGCUGUGGAAGGCAUACGCCAACGGAAGUCCGUGCUCGUACGCCCUUCGUUGUCAAAACUGAACGAUCCCGCCGUCCUCUUACACGCAUAUCCAACCGGUUCUUUGAAUGUCAGUUCCAGUAGCAAUGCACUAAGCGCGGUCGACCUUGCCCCCCUUGGCGUGUGUGGGCUCGGACUCGCCUUGCGACUGUGGGUUUCUUUCCCCGACGAUGCGUCGUCGACCACACAUCCACAUCACCAUGGAAACCAAUCGCUCUACGAAUCGUUCACACUUAGCCACGCGUUUCACCACAUUGUGAGCCAAGAAGUCGAAGAAGUGAUGACGCUGCUGUGGAAUGCCUUAAUCAUAGCGCUGACGUCGUACGUGUCGACAAUUGUGUUAGCCAAUCAAGGAGCCCGACAUCGUCAGUCCUUGACAACCCCAACGAGCAAAGUUCAAGCCAUCGAUGUCGACCCCAACAAGGAACUCAUUGCUUACGGACUCGCGUGCGUUGUCGGCGGAUCAUUUCGAGCGCUGCCGCCUGCGGGGGGUCUGGCCCGCACAGCCAUUAACGCCAAGUACAGUCGCACGGCGGUGACUACGCUCUGCACGACCUUCGUCCUCGUCGUGGUCAUGGUGUCCAAGGUGUACGUCCUUGUUCCGCUGCCUUGUCUUGCGGCCAUUAUCGUCGUAUCGACCGUGUCCUUCAUGGACAGACACGAGCUCCAGACGAUGCUACGGUGUCGACUGUACUCGUGCUUGGGCCUGUGGGCUGCAGCCUGUAUCAGUACGUUUCUAGGCGGCAUUCUCAUCGGCGCCCUUGUCGCGCUCUGUCUCAGGUCCUUGUCGCACUGUCGACUUUUGUCAAUGAACAGUACGUAGUGUGGCGAUAUCCCCCCCUGACACCGGUGUCACACGGAUCGACAGCGUGGGCGCCACGCGUCCAGUCCACGAUCGAAACGAUCAAGUGAUCUUCGUGCGGGUGGACGCAGCAGUGGUGUGUUUUGUGAACUGGGAUGUCAUUGAAAAGCAAGUCGAACUGUUCGUAAACGUGGGUGAAAUGGACGUGACAGGCAGCACCAAGGACGGGGUUGUCAUGGACCUGUCGAACAUCCACGACGGUGCGCACGACCUUGAAACUGUGGGUCGCAUCAACGUGUUCAGUCGCCGACUGAAGCACCACGGCGUCGACUUGGCCAUCACCCACGCCCCCCCAAAGCUCCGGGCGGCGUUGGCUACGCUCGCACCACGGCUAGCCGAUUACACGAUUCAACUGUCCAACGAGUCGGCUGUUGUGGCCAUUCAAGACGGCGUGUGCGACCUAUUCAUCGCGUAGCAAACUGUUUAUGGACUGGGGAAGACGGCACAUGACAAAAGUUAAAGUGUCAAAAUAUAAAAACUCAGACAUCGACA